AUGCUUUUUUUAUCAACUUUGUUCUUGGCCUUACUUCCUCUCGGAGCGCUUGCAGGCAAGCACCAAGACAAAUCUUUACGAUCCCGCCACGCAAAUCAUGCUCGUACUCUUCAUGUGCGGAACAAUACAAAGACAUUCGUACUGCAGGAUAUGUAUACCGGACAAUCGUUUCUGAAUGAUUGGGAUUUCUUCUCCGAUCCUGACCCCACUCAUGGCAGCGUCAACUUCCAGACGAAAGAUCAGGCGAUAGCGAAAAAUCUGGCCUUCGUUCAAUCCGACGGCACUACCGUCUUGGCUGUCGACGAUACCUCCGCGCUGCCCCCGAACUCCAACCGUGACUCUAUUCGGAUAACCUCGAAGAAAACAUACAACGGUGGUCUCUUCAUUGCCGAUUUCUGGGCAAUGCCUCACGGGUGCAGCGUCUGGCCGGCAUAUUGGUCAGUUGGGCCUAACUGGCCGAGCGCAGGUGAAAUCGACGUCUUGGAGGGUGUUCAUAACCAACCAACCAAUCAAUAUACUCUGCACACUGGACCUGGCUGCACACUCAAUAGCGACAACAACCGUGUUUCUGCCAACGCUAUCAGCUCCCAAUGCGCUAGUAGCGGCGACAACAACAAUGGCUGCGCCUUCAUCGACACCGACACUAGGUCGUACGGGAAACCAUUCAACAUGAUUGGAGGGGGAGUUUACGCGCAUUUGUGGAACAGCGAAGGGAUUAAGAUGUGGCACUUUGCGCGAGGCGAAAUUCCUGCGGACAUUAACGCGAAACAACCCAACCCUGCUAGCUGGCCAACACCCGCCGCCUUCUGGUCAGCGAAGUCAUGUAAUAUGAACGGCUUCCAUGACCAUCAGUUAGUAAUCGACACGACGCUUUGCGGAGAUUUCGCUGGAGCUACCUACGCUAGCGCUGGAUGUCCUGGGACGUGUGGAGGUGCUGUCCAGAACCCCGCUAACUUUCGUUUUGCUAAAUGGAAGAUAAACUACAUCGCUACUUAUCAAUGAAGUAUUGCAGGUUGGAUUAGUAUGCUUGAUGACUCGCUUUUUAGAUGAUUUAGUGCAUUCCCUUACAAUAUCCUUGCUUUUGCGAGAAGCCACUCUUUUAUCAUAGCACAUUUAUAAAUGUUUUCGUGCAUUGUACACUACAUACAUACAUACCUAUUGAAGCGUAUAUCUGCAACGUUAAUCUGCAGCGAGGUGC